UCAACUCCGGUCUCCUUGUACCCAAAGAGAGACGACGGUGGCGGUCAACGAGUAAUUCUUGCGACGAAAAUAAUGAAGAAUGAGCAAGAACAAGAGCCCGAGCUAGAGGCGCCGCUGCUUCCCGGCGACGGCGAUGCCAGGAAGGCGGCCGCCGCGGCGGGAAGCGCCUACGCGCUCGUCUGCUCCCUCGUCGCCUCCGCCAUCUCCAUCAUCUACGGUUACAACCGAGGGGUGAUGAGCGGGGCGCAGAAGUUCGUGCAGGAUGACCUGGGCAUCAGCGACGCGCAGAUCGAGGUGCUCAUCGGCGCCACCAGCAUCUACUCGCUCGUCGGCUCGCUGGCGGCGGGGUGGGCGUGCGACCGCGCGGGCCGCCGACGCACCAUGGCGCUCUCCGCGGCCUUGUUCUUCGCAGGCUCCGCCAUCACCGGCGCCGCGUCCGGGUACGCGGCGCUCAUGGCCGGGCAGCUCGUGGCCGGCGUCGCGUGCGGGUUCGGACUCGUCGUCGCGCCAGUCUACAUCGCCGAGAUGGCGCCGGCGGCGUCACGAGGAUUCCUCUCCUCCAUCCCCGAGAUCGCCGGCAACUCGGGCAUCCUGCUCAGCUACAUCGCCGACUUCGCCCUCGCCGGCCUCCCGGAGUCCGUCAACUGGCGCCUCAUGAUCGGCGUCGGCGCCGUCCCGCCGCUAUUCCUCGCCGCGGCCACGCUGCUCGCCAUGCCGGAGACGCCGCGGUGGCUCGUCCUCAACGGCCACCACGACGAAGCCCGCAGGGUCCUCACGCGCACCACCGGCGACGCGGCCCUCGCCGACCGCCGUCUCCAGGAUAUCGUGUCCUCCGCCCGGGAGAGCCCGAAGCAGGCCGUCUCCGGCGACGGCAAGAAGGAGGCGCGGCCGUCAACGAGCGUGUGGCGCGACCUGCUGGUCCGGCCGACGCCGUCCAUCCGCCGCGUGCUGCUCGCCGUCCUCGGCCUCCAGUUCUUCCAGCAGGCAUCCGGCGUCGCGGCGCUCGUGCUGUACGCGCCGCGGGUGUUCAACCGCGCCGGGAUCACCUCCCAGCACGCGGUGCUGGGCGCCACCAUCCUCCUCGGCGUCGUCAAGACGGUGUCCAUCGUCAUCCCGCUCUUCCUCACCGACCGGCUCGGCCGGCGCCCCAUGCUGCUCACGAGCGCGGGCGGCAUGGCCGCGUCCCUGCUGGUGCUCGGCUUCUCCCUCCGCGCGGCGCCGGCGGCGGACGCGGGCGCCGCGUGGUGGGCGGCGGCGACGAGCGUGGCGGCUGCGGCGGCGUUCAUGGCGACGUUCUCGCUGGGGUUCGGGCCGGUGAUAUGGAUGUACGGGUCGGAGAUCCUGCCGCUCCGGCUGCGCGCGCAGGGCACGGGCAUCGGCACGGCGGUGAACCGGGUGAUGAGCGCGGUGGUGGGGAUGACGUUCAUCUCGAUGUACGAGGCGGUGGGCAUGGCCGGGAGCUUCUACAUCUUCGCGGGGUUCGCGGCGGCGGCCUGGGUGUUCGUCUACGCUUGCCUGCCGGAGACCAAGGGGAGGAGCCUCGAGGAGAUGGAGGCGCUCUUCGACGGUUCCGCCGAAUCACCGUCGCUGAUGACGCAGUGAUCCGUCGACAAUGUAUACUAUGGUAGCACUAGGACAACGGAGGGAAGUAAGACUAGCCAAACGUAUUUGCUGAAAGUUCUUCACUGUAAACUUAAUUUCGAUCGGAAGAAUCAGCUAUUGCCUAUUGGCA